AUGUCCAGCCAUCCGUCCCGGCGAUCUGAUAACGCCGCCUACCAGCAGCAGCACGACGCCGACCCACGCAGCCAGCCCUCGUCGUCGCGAUACCCCAUGCAGCCCACGGCCGCCCCGCCGCCACCGGCCAGCGAGUCGGAGAUGGUGCGCGAGAUGUACAGGAUGCUGGGCAACCUGACCCGCUCCCUCGUCCCGGCCACGCGCAAGCGGCGCGACGAGACGGCCGAGGAGCGCCAGGCGCGCAAGGAGCUCAAGGACCGCCUCGACGACGAGGGCUACGACAUUGUCGAGAUGAAGGAGCACUCGUCGCGGCCCACCGAGCCCCAGAUCACCGACAUGGUCCAGCGCAAGCUGUCCCGGUGGGCCGUCGAUGGCGGCCACGGCUCGACGGUCCGGUACGCCAACCUGGUGGCGCGGCUCAAGAGCCACCCGCAGCGGCCCCGCCACGUCACCGCCAUCCUCGAUCUGCUCGAGCAGCUUGCCUUCACAGCCGGCCCCUCAUCGACGCUCCACGAGCCGGGCGCCGCGCCGCGCAGAGCAGCCGAUCCACGCCCGACGUCGUCGAGAUCCGCUCACGAGGCCGUGUCCAACAAGGCCGAGGCCGCCCCCGCCGACGACGCAUUUCAAAGAUCCCCACCGUCACCGCCCGCCUCACGUCCCGACCGGGCCGAGUUGUCCAACACCAAAGCAGCGCCGCCGCCAAAAGGCCACGCCACGACACCAGCAGGGGACUCACAUCCUGAGCGCGAAGCCAGCACAUCUGCGCCGACCGCACAGAGCCUGCAGCAGGACGGCAGGCUACCGCGCAAGGAGCUCCUCGAACGAUGGAGGGCCAGGCAGAACGCGCCCGACAUCCCGGAAGAGGAGCUGCUGCGGGACGUCGUCUACAUCCUUCAGGGCAUCAGCGGACGCUACGUGCGGUGGGAGGAGCACCAUCAGCUGCCCACCGUCGAGCCGGGCGAGCAACCGGGCGAGCCCGAAAAGGUGCUGCGGGUCGUCAUCGAAGAGCAGGGCCGUGGACGCAUCGAUGCGCCGACGCGGCACUUGAUCCACCGCCUGGCCGAGCUCGGCCGGCUCUACCGCCGCGUGUCCGAGUUUCUCCAGGAGCGGACCGGUGCUCCGGGGUCGGGCCUGAUCAUGCAGAGCCUCUGCCACUUUAUCUCCAACGAGCUGACGGGCUACUACCGCCUGGUCGCAAGCCUCGAGGCCCAGCUAAACCGCGCCGGCACUCCUGGCGUCGAAGGCGGCUCGAAAACGACGGAGGCCUCGACCUACGUCACCCUCAAGCGGAUGGGCGUGUGGACCGAGGAGACGGCGCUGCGGAUGCGGAUGACGAGCACCAUCAUCGAGAGCUGCCGCCACGCACACGGCGGCGCCAUCGUCUCGCUGAUCCACUCGUACACCUUCAACGGCGACCCCUUUAUCCGCAAGUUCACGUCACAGCUGCUUGACGAGGUCUCGAGGCCGUUCUUCCACUCGCUCUCGCUGUGGAUCUACGAGGGGGAGCUCGAGGAUCCCUUUGACGAGUUCUUUGUCGAGCUCAAUUCGGACCCGCGGAGGCCUGCCGGCGGUGGCGGCGGCGGCGGCGACAGCGGCGACCUCUCGGGCUUCCAGGGCUUGGAGGCCGACGCGGCGUCGCUGUGGCAGAACAAGUUUGUCUUCCGCAAGCCGAUGCUGCCCAGCUUCCUCGACGAGUCGUUUGGGCGCAAGAUCUUUUCGACGGGCAAGAGCCUCAACUUUAUCCGCCAUAGCUGCGGCGACUCGGACUGGGUGGCCACCAGGAGCAACCUCGACGCCUCGGCCAAGGACCUCCGCUACACGGACCUCUCCGGCCUCGAGCGGACCAUCGACACCGCCUUCACCAUUGCCAGCAAGCGCCUGCUCGACAUCUUUCUCGACGACUUUAAGCUGCUCGACCACCUGCGGGCGCUCAAAGACUACCUGAUGCUCUUCCGCGGCGAUUUCGUCGACCUGCUGAUGCAGUCGCUGGGAUCGAGCCUGAGCCGACCGGCCGCGUCCCUCUUCCGACACAACCUGACCGCCUCGCUCGAGACGGCGGUGCGCGGCUCGAAUGCCCAGUUUGACGACCCAGACAUCCUCAAGCGGCUCGACGCCCGCAUCCUGGAGUUCAGCGAGGGCGACACUGGCUGGGACACGUUCACGCUCGAGUACAAGGUCGACUCGCCCGUCAACACGGUGCUCGACACGCCGGCCAUGAUCGAGUACCAGACCAUCUUUUCGCACCUGUGGAAGAUCAAGCGGGUCGAGCUGGCGGUCAACGCGAGCUGGAUGCGGCUCCUCUCGUCGUCGGGCACGCUGCGGCGCAUCAGGAAGAAGGAGGCUGUGGGCAGAGACCUCGACCGGGAAGCCCAUAUCGCGCUGGUCAUGCUCGGCGAGAUGAUCCAGUUCGUGCGCCAGAUGCAGGGCUUCUGCCAGCUCGAGGUGAUCGAGUACUCGUGGGACGAUCUGGUCAAAAACAUGGCGCGCAAGGAGGGCGACCUCGACGAGCUGAUCGAGUCGCAUCGGCGGUACCUCAACGCGCUGGUCAACAAGGUGCUGCUCAAGGGCGGCAAGCGUGGGGCGCACAACUACCUCUCCGAGGAGCUGCGGGCUCAGUUCAACACCAUUCUUGCCUUCACCUUGGCCGUCGACGAUCUGUCGCACGUCAUUACGGGAGAGCUGGCGCGCCAUGACCUGGAGAAUCCGUCGACCAGGCCGCCGCAGCAUGCAAGCCUGCGGGGUCCGCGCUCUUCGCGGCCCUCGAGCGCCGCUGGCCUGAGCCUGCCCCCCGCCGACCCGACGGCGAUUUCCAAGAUCUCCCAGCGGCUUCGGGAGCAGUCGGCGACGUUCCAGGAUCGAAUGCAGACGAUCGUCAAUGCGCUCGAACGGCACUCGAACCUGACUGUCCGCGAUCUAGGCAGCCGCCUCAACUUCAACGUCCACUACGAGACGUCGCGCAGGGAGUCGUCGUCGCGCCGCGCCGCCGAGGUCAGGAGCACGGGGCCAGGCGGUGCCAGCAGCGUUGCAGCGUCGUCGCCGCCGCCGGGUCGGCCAUCCGCCCAGCAAGUCGGUGGAGCCGCUUCUGAACCGACGGCGGCCUGA